GCUUUUGAAGACAUAUACAUUGAACAGCGCAAGACCAUCAAGACCAUACUUGAAUAUGCAGACAAGGUCUUCACAUACAUCUUCAUUCUGGAAAUGCUCUUGAAGUGGGUGGCUUAUGGCUUUCAAGUCUAUUUCACCAAUGCCUGGUGCUGGCUGGAUUUCAUGAUUGUAGACGUUUCCUUAGUAAGUUUAGUUGCCAACGCCUUGAACUAUUCUGAACUUGGUCCUAUUAAAUCACUUCGGACGCUGAGAGCCUUGAGACCUUUAAGAGCCUUAUCCCGCUUUGAAGGAAUGAGGGUGGUGGUGAAUGCCCUGGUAGGAGCCAUACCCUCGAUUAUGAAUGUGCUUCUUGUUUGUCUUAUAUUCUGGCUAAUUUUCAGCAUCAUGGGUGUAAAUCUGUUUGCUGGUACAUUCUUUGAAUGUGUUAAUAAAACAGAUGGAAUAAGGAUUUCACAUUUAAUCGUUCCAUUUAAAAAUGUUUGUGAGUCUUUAGACUAUGCCAGAUGGAGAAAUGUUAAAGUCAACUUUGAUAAUGUUGGAGCUGGAUAUCUUUCUCUGCUUCAAGUUGCUACCUUUAAAGGUUGGACGGAAAUAAUGUACGCUGCUGUUGAUUCAACAGGAAUGGAAAAGCAACCCCAGUAUGAGCAUAACCUGUAUAUGUAUCUUUAUUUUGUUGGCUUCAUUAUAUUUGGUUCAUUCUUCACCUUGAAUCUUUUCAUUGGUGUCAUCAUUGAUAAUUUCAACCAACAAAAAAAAAAGUUAGGAGGUCAAGAUAUUUUUAUGACAGAAGAACAGAAAAAAUAUUAUAAUGCCAUGAAAAAAUUGGGAUCCAAAAAACCACAGAAACCUAUACCCAGGCCAUCAAAUGAAAUACAAGGCUUUGUUUUUGAUUUUGUAAGUAGACAAGCCUUUGACAUCGGCAUCAUGGUUCUUAUCUGCCUGAACAUGGUCACUAUGAUGGUAGAAACAGCUGACCAAGACUCUUCUGUAGAAGAGAUUUUAUAUUGGAUUAAUUUGAUUUUCGUUGUCAUUUUUACUGGCGAGUGUCUCCUGAAAUUGAUUGCACUCCGUUACUAUUAUUUCACUAUUGGUUGGAAUAUAUUCGAUUUUGUGGUUGUCAUAUUCUCCAUUGUAGGUAUGUGCCUGUCACAGAUCAUUGAGAAAUUCUUUGUAUCCCCCACCUUGUUUCGAGUGGUCCGACUUGCCAGGAUAGGUCGAGUCCUGCGUCUAAUCAAGGGGGCAAAAGGGAUCCGCACCCUACUUUUUGCCUUGAUGAUGUCUCUUCCGGCCUUGUUUAACAUUGGUCUCCUCCUUUUCCUGGUCAUGUUCAUCUACGCUAUCUUUGGAAUGUCCCAGUUUGCCUAUGUUAAAAAGGAAGGUGGGAUUGACGACAUGUUCAACUUUGAAACUUUCGCUAACAGCAUGAUCUGCCUCUUUCAAAUUACCACCUCUGCUGGCUGGAAUAGUCUGCUGUUACCCAUUCUCAACAAGGAGCCAGACUGUGACCCUAAAAAAGUUCACCCAGGAAGUUCAGUUGAAGGAGACUGUGGCAAUCCUUCUGUUGGGAUCUUCUUCUUUGUCAGCUACAUUAUCAUCUCAUUUUUAGUUGUAGUAAAUAUGUACAUUGCUGUCAUUCUGGAGAACUUCAGCGUUGCUACAGAAGAAAGUGCUGAACCAUUAGGUGAAGAUGACUUUGAGAUGUUCUAUGAGGUCUGGGAAAAAUUUGAUCCAGAUGCAACACAGUUUAUAGAAUACAUCAAACUCUUUGAUUUUGCAGCCUCGCUGGAUCCUCCUCUGCUAAUACCCAAACCAAACCAUUUUCAGCUUAUCGCAAUGGAUCUGCCCAUGGUGAGUGGUGACAGAAUUCACUGUCUUGAUAUCUUAUUUGCCUUUACAAAGCGUGUUUUGGGUGAGAGUGAUGAAAUGGACGCCCUCCGUGUGCAAAUGGAAGAUCGGUUUAUGGCUGCCAACCCCUCAAAAGUCUCCUAUGAACCAAUUACAACUACCCUGAAGCGGAAACUGCAGGAGCAAUCAGCUAAGGUAAUUCAGAGAGCUUUUAGGCAUUAUCGGCUGAGGAAACCAGUGUGCAAUCCAUCAUACUUAUAUGUGGAUGGUGAUGUUUUUUCUUCCAAAACUGAAAUGACUCUAGAUAAAUUAAGUUUGAGCUUGGCUCUGGAAAAGACAGAAAGAAGCUCCUCCACAACAUCACCGCCUUCCUAUGAUAGUGUAACAAAACCAGACAAAUAUGAACAAGAAAAGUCAGAAAAAGAAGAAAAAGGGAAAGAUGACAAGGAUCAUAAAAAGAAAAUCUGAAACAGACUUGUAAUUCUAUCUACACCAAAUUGUUUACAUCAUCAGAAAAGUAAUACUGAUACUAACAGGAAUCAUGCUGAACGUUUAUGCCAAACUGACCAUUUCUACUAUAUCAACAUAAUAUAUUCAUGCAUUCAAGGUACUUGCAAUUUUAUUGUUGACUGGGUAGUAUGGUACAGACUUAUGAGGACAAGGACAAUUCUUCUUACCAGCUUGCACAGAUGAAGAGGAUUCACAAAAUUACCAUAGGCUGUCAGAAUGCAUUAGUACUUGUGUGUGUGUGUGUAUGUGUGUGUGUUAACAAUGACCAAAAAAUAUUCCCUUGCUGCACUAAUUGUAUCCAAUGUGUACAUCUCAAUUGCCAUUUCCAUCAUGUUUGACAAAUUUGUUAGUGCAGUUGUAUUUCUGUUCACAGAUCAUUGUUUGUGAUUAUGUCCAGCAAUGGAAUUAACUGCUCUUUCACAGAUAUGUUUAUAUACACACAUAUAUAUUUAACUUUAUUACUUAUAAUAAUGAUAUGAUAGUUGGGGACCUUAACCAUUGUAGACAUGGCACUGUUUAGACAUUUAGCAGACAGUGAAUUCCAAAGAUGAUGAGAUCAAGUAUGUUGAGCAGACAAGUAAAAAGUGGUUCAAUAACAUAGUAAUGUGGUUUCUCCUUAAAUGCAACAUGGAACUGUUUACUCAAAUUGCACAAGGCUUAAAACUCAUGUCAGAGUUUAUAGGCUUAUCCAAAGUUAUCCAUAAGGUCCUUCAGAUCUGCAAAUUUCACCCUGAAAAAAAAUUAUUGUUCAGCUAAAUUUACUAAAAACUGUGCACUCAGCCUGCCAGAAAAUAAAUGAGGGGAAUCAAAAUAAGAGAUUUGGCUUCCAGUCAAAAUUCAGUGAAAAGAAAAGCUUAAGAGAAUUGUAAGCAACUGACAGAUGUUCAGACCUUUAACUCAUAUGAUUGGAAGGAGCCAGGAGUAGAUUGAAGGCAAGAUAGAAGCCCAGCUGCUAAGCUAAGAGUGAGGACAGUGAAUGGGUGGCCAGCUGGAGAGAAGGCACAUACCUCCCUUGAAAAGAAAAGGGUAUCCCCACGUGAUUCAUAUAGGUAGUGGGAAUUUCAGGACUCUGGGGGAGAACAUUUUCAGCAUUAUCCAUGAAGCUGGGCGGGCUUUCUUUGGCUGUUGAGCAUUCUUUUGUGCAGGUUGGGAGGGUCUGUUAGGCAGAGGUAGUACAGGUAUGUGGCUUCCUGCCAUAGGCAGGGGCAGGAGUUCCAGCCCCAUCACUGUGCAAGGUCAGCCAGCAGCUUAACCUACCAAUCUGCUUCAUUGGCUGCUUCUGACUUCAGGCUUUGUUGGCAGUUUGUCACUGUUCAGGCCAUUGGCUAUUGUAAAUUAGCUGAAAUCUGCUCAGCCUGCUUGAAGAGGUGAGCUGGGACGCUUCUUUAAGAGUCGAGGCUGCUGUCUGGCAUAACUUGAGUGCUAAAUGGGACUUUCCUUUUCAAAACAAUUUGAAUUAGUUGCUACAUGGACUCCAGCAGUUCUGACUAUUGCUUUCUCAUGCUUUGGCAAUUCUUCCAGCUCUUCAAAUUCUACAGUUUUUAGUUUUCAGUUUAUGUAUGCACAUACAAACAUUCAUAUUGUAGAAGAGGAAUGUAUUCUGAGCUAAUACUUCCUUAGGAAAAAAAAAUCCUGGAUCAAGGAUACAUGUGAGAUAUGGUACAUAAGAAUGCAAAAGCCACAUGGAUUUUACAUUCUCACAUGUAUUCUCCUGUAAGUACUUCUACGUGGAAGAAAUAACAUUAUUAAAUAAUGUUAUUUAAUAAUCCAAAAUAAAAUGUACAUAUUCUAAAAUUCAGUGCUAUAGUAUACACUGUAUAUACUGCCAUGGGUAUUAUCCCAGAAACUUCCUAUAAAUACAGUUGAUGGUAAGACCGGCUCUAAUAACUAUAUCAUUCAUUCUUUCUUAAAAUUUUGUGACAAACAGGGUCCAGCACCAUAAAAACGUACUUAUAAUGGAGUUUUAUGAGCUAUCCCAAGUCUCCAGCAGACUAGGUACCCUUCUGGAAUUUAUUUGGCCAGUUAGUUUAUUCUGAUUUUCACACAUGUACAGAUAAUGGAUUUGCACGAAGGCAUGCUCUACUUCCUAGCUCAUGCAUGAUGGAAAAAUUAGCAAGUAACAAAGAACAAGAGUCAUAACUUGUCCAGGUUUCAGGGUUGCAUAAUUUCAUAUUUUACCUAUUCAUGCUGUCUAAUACAAGAGUUUCUAUACAGUCUACAACGUGUAGGUAAACUGAAUAGAAUAAUAUGGUGGCUUUUCUUCCUGUACUUUUAUUGUAAUCAUUCACAUCUGAACCAGUGAAUUUCACAAUUCAUUUGCUAAACAGGGUUGCCUGUUUAAUUGGGUUUUAAUUGUUUUUACUUUUUAAUUAAUUAAUUAAUUAAUUAAUUUUUUAAGCCACCCAGAGUCUUCUGGAGUGGGCAGCCAUAACAAAUCUAAUAAAUUAAGUGAACUAAGAUAAUUAUAUGCUUGACUUACUUAAAUAUGCCACUUCUUUCUUCUUCCAAAGUAGCUCUAGAGAUAUUGGAUAUGAUCAAAGGUUGAACUUAGAGCCUAGCUCUCAAAAGAUUAUUGAAUCAUCAUCAUCAUCAUUUGAAAGAGAAUUGUUCACAUCUAGGAUUGUAAAGGUUUUGGGUUAACUACUUAAAUAUUUUACAGAUUAAAAAUGCCCACUCAGUAGUGUAUUUAUGUGUAUGUCUAGAAAAAUUGCAGAUAUCAGGUGUUGUCUUAGAAAAGGUAUUCCACUUACUUUCUCACAUAGAAGUGGAUGUCUUUCAGAUGUCUUUCUUCCCAUGACCCAUGCAGAAGCUUUCUAAAAAUGAGCACUUUUUAAACUGGAAACUACUGUUUUACUUCUGUGCAGAACUGAUGAAUUAUACAAUUGUUGAAUACUCAUUAGUUGACUAAAUCAGAUGAUGGUCUUUCCUAUACUCCUUCCACUUUUGUCACCUUGGCUUAUAGGGGAAAUCCUAAAUUAAUUGAACAUGCUAUGCUUGGAAAUGGGGUUAAUGUGUGUGAUUUAGUAAAGUUCCACAAUUUAUUCUGGUUAGAGCGGUAUAGAUUUUAUUUGCAAGAGCUAGAUCUGUUGGUGCAGAAUACAUUUAACCCUCAGAUACGUUUGUUUCUUCUGAUUCAUUGUUUUUGUAGUCAAAUCGGGGAAGUCGUGUCUGAAGCUGAAAGAAACUAAUUGUAGAGAUAUUCUUCUUUUAUAUUUGAUGCUGCUUAUAACCACUGUAUAAUUUUUACUAAUUGAUUAUAUGAUGUGAAACAUUACUAACAAGAUGUACUAUGAACAUCGUAAUUGGUUUAAAAUAUAAAUUUAUAAAACUUUUUAUAAAAGCAUAUUUUAUAUUAUUUUUAAAUCA